CAAAUAAAUCCAUCCGGAACCUAAACUUCAGGUAAGUGGUGAAUAACUUUUUUUUUUAUUAGAAAAUUUAUGAGAAUUCCUGGCCAAGGGAAAUGGAAGUAAGUAUUGAGAAGGAAGAAUCUUUCUUUGAUUAUUCAAUUGUCAAGGAAGAAUCCAAUGUUCAGGAUGAGGAGUCAUCGCAACGGAAUCUUCCGGAAAAAAAUAUCCGGAUAAAGACAAAACAUCCCAUCCAGAGGGAUAAAAAAUACUGCUCCAAAACUUUAGUCCGAGAUGUUUCCUGUCACAUCUGUGGGAAGAUCUUGAGACAUCUCUGCUUAGAGAUUGCCUAUCAAAUGAGGGAGAACAUUGAGCAGACACGUGAUGUUGCCAGUGAAGAAGAUCCUUUGUGGACAGGAAGGCCUGGAACUGCUUGUCUUUCCAGUGCCCUGGCUAUGGCUGGAGGGCAUCCAAUGGUCGAAGUAUUCCUGGAGGAGAGGAAUGAUGAAUUGAGUAAGAAAUUCAAACAGGAAGUAUCCUCAGUGAACGAAGAAGAGACAAAUGUGGAAGAAAUUCUGCAAGAAGAAAAUCCAGAGAUUCUCGAAGAGAGAAAUCUGGAGGAACAGAACUUGCAAGAGAAAAACCUCGAAGGCGUAGUCCUCGUAAAGAAAAUUCUCGAAGUGGAAGUUCUGGAUAAAAAAAUUCACGAGAAGAAAAUUCUGAAGGUGAAAGACCUUGCAGAAGAAGAUCAGCUAAAGCAGGAAGCUCUCAGUAAACCAAGAAGGAGUAGCAGAAAUCAUAAAAGUUCCCCAGCAAAUCAUUUCCGGGAAUGUUCCAUGUCGCGCAAAAAGGCUUCGUGCUCAUCCGGAAAGGAUUUCUGCAAUCCUAAGGGUGUCAAUAAAAGCCAUUCUGUGCAGGAAAUGACCUUCCGGCAUUGUCCGGAAGAAUUUGCAAAUAAAAAAGCUCUUGUGGAGCAUAAAAAAACUAGUCAUGAGAUGAUAAAUUACGAGGAUCAGGUAAUAGAUGAAUCUCUGAAUAAUUCAGACCCGGAAAUUCAAUGGAUAAGUCAAGGGAAGGAAGAUCAGGAAGGAGUAUCCCAAGAAAUUGAUCAAUUUUCCAGCCCAAAUUCGGAGGCUCCAACCCAUCAGGAAGACAUUAAGUCAUCCACAAAUCCCAUUAAAGAAACCCCAGAGCCAAAAACAAAGGAAAGGAAGCACAAAUGCCACAUCUGUGCCAAAGGAUUCUUCACGAAGAAGGAUCUAAAAAUUCACGCAGCUGUUCAUGUUGAGGAAAAUACCUUCCUCUGCACCAUCUGCCCAAAGAAAUUUGCCAGCAAUCGUCGCCUGAAGACGCACCUGAAGAAUCAUCUGGACAGGAGUGUUCCGUGUGAAUUCUGUGGGAAGAUCCUUCACAACCCCAAUGCCGUCCGGAAGCACAUUCAGGUGCGCUGUCCCAAAGUUCCCCGUGAGAGGCGACAUCUGUGCUCAGUGUGCGGGAAGAACUUCUUCACUUCCUUUGAUCUGAAGACUCACAUGCAGACACACUCAGCCGGAGCCUUCAAGUGCCCACAAUGUGAGAAAAACUUCUCCCGGACUGGAGCACUGGGGCAGCAUAUAAAGUACCUUCAUGGGGAUGUGAAGAGUGCCCCAUGCGGGAUUUGUGGGAAGGAAAUGAAGCAUGAGCGAUCCCUCCGGAAGCACAUGAGAGAGAUUCACAGAGAGAAGGAGAAAUAAAGCUAAUGUUUAAGAAACUGUAAAA